AUGGCGAAGAUAAUCCAAUUUCAUAAAACCGACGACAAACUCUCCCAAAAAUUCCUCCACUCUAUUAGACUUCUCCUCCUCCAGAGCAAAAUCUUCGGCUUCAUCACCUUCAACGAAACCAGCUUCGAACCCUCAAAACUGCACUCCUUUUUGAAUUUCUUGGCUGUGGUUGCCUACUUGCCGGCGAUUUAUUACAGCGUGUACACCACCGCCAUCGUCGACACGCUUUUGAUUUACAAAGCCACCGAUAUCAUGAUUUUGGCAGGGAAUGUGGUCUACAUGGUCACUGCAUGGGUUUGUGCCACCACAAAGCGCGAUUUAUUCGUAGAUUUUUUGGUGAAAGUGAUCGAAUUCGACACUCAGUUGCAGGCGAUGGGUACCCGGAUGAACUACACCAAAUGGCAGAAAAAAAUUCUGGUUCAGUGUUUGGUUAGACACGUGAUUGUGGUUGCGAAUGUGGGUACUUUGGUGUAUAUUACUCUGCCGAAAGGGUCGAAUAUGGUGGUGGAGUCCAUGGCGUACGUUUUAAUUAUGAUGAAUUCGGUGAUUUGUCACCAGACUGGGGAGCUAGUGUUGAUGUUAAAAGCCCGAUUUACCAUCCUGAAUAAGCUGAUUUUGAGUUUGGUUGAUCGGUUUAAGAAAAGUGGUGCCAGAACGUCGAAACAGAGCAACGUUGAGCACUUGCUCACUCUGAGCAAAAUCUGUGCUUUGCACCACCACUUGUCGAAACUUGUCCGACUUUUUAAUGACGCUUUCGGGUUGAUUCUUCUCUUGAUGUUCGCUGUUAGUUUCGUGAUUAUCGUUAUUUCUAUUUUUUACUUGAACGUCGUACUAAAGACGUCGGUUUUUUACGCGAUUGACGUUUUCAACCCACUUUUGGCCAAUGUGACGUUCGUAAUGAACGUGGUAUACAUUUGUGACGCUUGUUAUUCAACUAUUGAAGAGGUCAAGAGAACUGGCGAACUUAUCCACAGGAUCGAUACCGAAGAUUGUGAUAUUAGGGACGAAAUCGAGAUGUUUUCUCUACAGAUAGCAAACGAGGAAGUUGAGUUUAACGCCGCCGGAUUUUUUUCCAUCAACUACACGCUGAUAUUUUCUAUUAUUGGAGGGGUUACCACUUAUAUUAUAAUAUUAAUUCAGCUGUCUAACUCCAUAAAACACACAAUGAACGAAAAAUUUUCCCAAAAACUCUUAAAUUCAAUCAGACCUCUCCUCCUCCAAAGCAAAAUUUUCGGUCUGACGAUGUUCAACGAAAAAAAUUUCCACCAAUCAAAACUACACACCUUUUUAAACAUUGUAUUAGUUGUACUAUACUUACCUGCGAUUUUUUACUGCAUUUACGCUACCGCUAUCCAAAUAAAUUUCGUAAUUUACAAAGCCACCAACAUAAUAAUUUUAGUAGCCAACGCAAUUUACGUGGCCACUACUUGGAUCUGCGCCAUCACAAACGGCAACCUACUUAUCGAUUUCUUGUCAAGAUUAAUCGACUUCGACACCAAAAUCCAAACGAUGGGUAUCCGCUUGAAUUACAAAAAAAGCCACAAGAAAAUAAUAACGCAAAUUUUGGUUAGAUACACCAUCAUCGUUGUUAACGUCGCAGGUUUAGCCUACCUUGCCUUGGAAAACGACGCCGACAUGGUAGUAGAAUCAAUGGCGUACUUCUUAAUCGCCGUAAACUCAGCUGUGUGUCACCUAACUUCCACCUUCGUGCUACAACUGAAAGUCCGAUUCAUCAUUCUCAACCGCCAAAUCGGCAAUUUAAUCGAAUGUUUCCACAAAAAACAGUCCAAAUGUUUGAAAUUCAACACAAUGGAGCACCUCUUCACUCUCAAUAAAAUCUGCGCUCUACACCACCACUUGUCGAAGCUCGUCAAACUCUUCAACGACAUUUUCGGUUUAGUUCUCUUGCUCAUGUUCGGUGUGAGCUUCGUCGUUAUCGUGAUUUCAAUCUUCUACCUCACUUCGACUCUACAGUCUACAGUGGUCACUGUUUCCGACGUUUUCAACUCGUUGUUGUCCAACGCCACUUUCAUUAUUAACACGGUGUACGUCUGCGACGUGUGCUAUUCGACGGUGGAAGAAGUGAACAAAACCGGCGAACUCAUCCACAAAAUAGAUACAGAAGACCGCGACGUUCGCGACGAAAUCGAAAUGUUUUCUUUGCAGAUCGCCAACGAGCAAGUGGAGUUCAACGCUGCUGGGUUUUUCCCGAUUAACUACACUCUAGUGUUUUCUAUCGUCGGAGGGGUCACCACUUACAUCAUAAUAUUAAUCCAAUUGUCGAGUAGUCUUGCUAACGCUGAGGCGGAAAGCUACGGGAUGUAA